CAAUAAUGAAUAUUUUAAAUAAACAUCUCGUCUGGUUCUUUUUACAUAAUAAAGAAACAUCCGUCUGCUCAAAACGUUAGCGUAACUAAUUUUAGUUUUUCAGAUUCAUGCACGAUAUUUUUUGUUUCACGUAGUUGAAUUACCCAAAGAUCCUCGUGUCUUUCAAACCAGCGACGAAGGACCUAAGGCCUGGUCGCAAAGCGCUUUACUUUGGUUACCAGGGAGACUAGAGCCGGAAAGCAAAAUGGCGGAUAGCGUUCAGGUCGAAGAGCCACAGCGCAGAGCUGUUGGAGGAAUUAUAACGACAGGAAGGAUUCAUAAAGGUCAUGGAAAAACAGCUGCGUCAGCCUCUAUCCCCAGCAAAUAUCAGACAAUCGUGAGUGAUAAUUCGGAAAAGAAAGGAUUCCUUUCCAGAUCCAAACGCUUUGAAGAGUAUGAUGUGAGUGUAAAUCCAGGCCCAGGGACUUAUGGAGAACUAAAAUCAAGCGAAACUAGGAGCACUUCCUUCUCAAAGAAAGGAUUUGGUGGUUUUGUUUCCAAGGCAAAGCGUUUUCCAAGAGGGGCUCAGAAUACAGGACCAGGCCCAGGUUUUUAUUAUCCUUCAGUACCAAGGGAAAACAAUUUCAACAAAUCUCCUGUUACAAGGAAUUUUCAUCUCCCUAUUGCCCUUGAAAGAGAAAACAAAAAAGGAUUCCCAGCACCAAAUCAGUACUCGAUUGGCCACACAACAGGAAGGGUUGUUUAUGAGAACAAUGUUGCAGCCUGUGCUGCAUUUCAGUCGAGAUCCAAAAGAUCAAAGGAUUGGAGUGAAGGAGCAAUCUAUGGACCAUCUCCAUGUCAUUACACAAUCAAUGACAAGCUGGUAACAGAUUCACCCAAAAUCGCAACUGCACCUUUCAAGUCUACAACAGAGAGAAAGAUGAUACAGUCUCCAGUAUCAUACCCAGGACCUGCAUCAUACAAGCCCUUUGGAACAGCAGAGCAACAAACAUUAAAGCAGCAGCAGCAGCAGCAGCAGAAUGGAUUUCACAACAAGCACUAUUUGUGUAUCUCUGCACCUGCAAUGCCUCUUCCACCCUUAGAGCCCUUGCCAGGACCGGGUCAUUACGAUGUGGUUGACUAUGAAGGCCCCCCUAAACAUUACAUGUCCAGCUCUGCUUUUGUAUCAACAACAAGUAGAUGGUCAGGGGGAGCACCUGGUGAGGAAGAGGCCCCAGGACCAGCAACCUAUCGACCACAGCAUUAUGGAAAACAGUCAUUUAUCUACAAUUCACAAGGAAGAUGGAUAUAACAUUUGUUAUUAUUUAUUAGUAAAAUAUCUUAUUUAUAUUUAUUAGACUAUGAAAGCCAAAAGAAAAAAAUAGUAAUUUCUAAGGGGGAAUUAUCAUAGCAAGUUACAUGUAAAGAAAAAUAUAAAAACAUGUAUUGCAAUUUUGGUUUUCCCAAAGAACAUAUUAUUUUUACUCCCAUCCUCCCUGGUUUAAAAGUCGGAGUAUUUUCAUCAAUUGUUCAUUCAUUGUUUAUAGAUUAUUGCUUGUACAUACUUCUGAGAUUGUAUAGUUUUAAAAUGUGUACAGAAAAUAUAUACUAUUACAACUUGCAAAAAAAAAAGUGGUUGUUAAAAUGACCACUUUGAUGUUAGCAAAGGACAGAAAAUUGAAUAAUAAGAAUGUCAUUUUGAAUCUCAAAUAUCAGUAUUUGCCUCUGAAUAAGCAUUUGGUAUUUGCAAAGUCUUGUGGUUAAACCACAGUUGGCCAAAUUGGAUUUUUUUUUUUUUAAGCGUUGUGUGUGACAAGUUGAAGGCUUGAUAGUUGUGAACAGUUUACAUGUACACACUCAGUGCAAAAUAAAUUUCCACUCUUACAUUUUAUUUGAAGCAAUUCUACUUUACCAUGGUAAAGAAAACAAACCUAAACUGAACAAAAAGAUGAAUGAUGUUUCUUGAAUUUAUUUUUGUACAUGAAAAAAAAAAUGUGAUGCCUUUGUACAAAAAUGUGUGUAAUAAAAUAGAAAGAAAAUUUACAUCUUCAGCAACAAGUUUUGUAUGCUACAACAGGGUAUGGGAAGUUUAAAUUCAUCAAUAUUUGCAUGAUCAUAAACAUUCAGUGUUAAUAGGAUGGUUUCUUUAAAGUAAUAUCAGGGGACUGUAUUUCUGGGCAAGAUUGCUGGCUUUGUUUUGUAGUCUGACAGUUACAAUAAACCAAGUUGUCAUUCAUCAACCUGA